UGUGUCGAGAGUGAGCGGGAGAGCAAAAGAGAGAGUCACUGAUAUAGACAGAGUUGUAGGCUUAUGUGACCAGAAGAGAGAGAGACAGAGGAGGGAGAGGACACCUACACGCGUUCAGACGGCGUGGUUUGAGAGAUAAAGGAGGCUGUUACAUAUAAGAUCUAACACAAGACCUGCAGCCUCCCCAACACACAACACACCGUGCGCGUCUGCGCGGAAGGAGAACUGUUGCGCCCCCGGACUCGACACCAAUCCGCGGCCGCGGGGGAGUUUGUUCAGCGCGCCCCAAAUAUUCCAUUUAAUGACCAAGAUAACACAUUUGCUACUUCCUUGUUCAUCUAUAGCCAGCCACUCGCAUUGGAUUAUAGCCUUAGUCUAACGCCGCCGGGUCGACUAUGGACGCGGUGCGCCAAACGAGCGCACGCAUCCAACAAGUGGACGCGCGGAGAGGAACAACACGGUGGAAUUAAACCCACGUCGAAUGGCUCAUAAUGCAAGCACGUUUCACGUUGACACGGACCACGACGGAGACGGCAGGGAAAAGCGCGGUGAUCGCUUGACAUGCUGAGAUCGUGUCGGUUGAAACGACGUCCGUAACGUCGAGCUCGACUGUAGUUUGUUGAGCGGCGCGCGACUUUAAAAACGCGCAGCCGAUCAGUCGGCAGCAGGCGGACAUUCGCACGAAAAUAUCGACGAGGCGGGAAGUUCCUUCGUUUGCGAGAUCGUUUUUGCGCGUUUCUGUAGAACCUCACUUACUCCCUCCUGGCCACGUUCAACCAGUCUCUCUCUAACCAUGGACUAGUCCCUCUCUGACACGACUAAUCGGCAGCAGGGGACUGGGGAUAUUCUCUUCCAUUUCUAUAUGAAGGUAGCAGCCAAAGGUCGCCAUCAUGCCGAUGCAUCCAGUUACCUCCACUUUGAUGUAUCGGGGGAUCUGCACCAUCCCGGACAUCCUCUCCUACAGCGCUCCCGUCAACCUGCCUGAAGACGAGGUGGAAGAGAUCCGCGAGGCCUUCAAGGUGUUCGACAGGGACGGGAAUGGCUUCAUCUCCAAGCAGGAGCUGGGCAUGGCCAUGCGCUCGCUGGGCUACAUGCCCAACGAGGUGGAGCUUGAGGUCAUCAUCCAGAGGCUGGAUAUGGACGGAGACGGACAAGUUGACUUUGAAGAGUUCGUGACCCUCCUGGGACCCAAGCUGACAGCGGGAGGGCUGCCAGAUAAGUUCAACGGCACCGACUUUGAUUCGGUCUUCUGGAAGUUCCCCCAGUGUGACAUGCAGAAGCUGACCGUGGAGGAGCUGAAGAGACUGCUGUACGACACGUUCUGCGACCACCUGACCAUGAAGGACAUCGAGAACAUCAUCAUGACGGAGGAGAACCACAUUCAGAACCCCGAGGACUGCCAGGUGGACAUCGACAGCUCCAGCCCGACGGUGAAGCAGACCUGCGUUCGGAAGAGUCUGAUCUGCGCCUUCGCAAUCGCCUUCAUCAUCAGCGUCAUGCUGAUCGCAGCCAAUCAGGUGCUCCGGAGCGGCAUGAAGUAGGACUCGAGAGCUGAGGAUUAUCCUGAAACUCACUACAAAAAACUGCAACACAUGUGGAGAAUCAAAACACACAAAACAAAACCGACACGAAACUGUAGUGGUGAUGAUGCCCUCGGGUCUUCAGGAGAAGAUAUCGCUGCAGCGACUCGCUGACAACUUACAGAGCCCCUCAGAAUAUACUAUAUUAUCAUCGUCCUGUGAUACGUCCUCCAUGCGCUACCCAUUGUGGUGUUUGCGUGUGUGUUUGUGACAAAAUGUGAGUGCGUGGGUUUGGUUGUGUGUUUGGGUGCGCAUGUGUUUGUGUGUGCAUGAACGUGCCUGUGCGUAUGUAUGUGGUUGUGUGUGUGUGUGUGUGUGUGUGUGUGUGUGUGUGUGUGUGUGUGUGUGUGUGCGCUCAUUUGUGUGCGAAUAUAAUUGUGUGUGUGUGCGGCCACCCAAGUACUGUGUAAAGUAAAGUCCGGUUGUCAACUGUGGAAAGCGAUGGGCCAAGUCUCCAGCUGUGCAUGUGUCCCCUGCACCACGGUGGGGGGGGGUCCUGUCUCUGUAGAGUACAACGUGUGCAAUGUAUUACUAAACGUUCAGAUCCGGAUGACGUCAUUGAACCCAGGGAGUGGGGGG